CCCGUCCCUCUCCCGUCCCUCUCCUAUCCACUCUCCUGUCCUUCUCCUGUCUCUCUCCUGUCUCUCUCCCGUCCCUCUCCUGUCCACUCUCCUGUCCUUCUCCUGUCUCUCUCCUGUCCACUCUCCUGUCUCUCUCAUGUCCACUCUCCUGUCACUCUCCUGUCCACUCACCUGUCCACUCUCCUGUCCACUCUCCUAUCCACUCUCCUGUCCACCCUCCUGUCCACUCUCCUGUCCACUCUCCUAUCCACUCUCCUAUCCACUCUCCUAUCCACUCUCCUGUCCACUCUCCUGUCCACUCUCCUGUCCACUCUCCUAUCCACUCUCCUGUCCACUCUCCUGUCCACUCUCCUAUCCACUCUCCUCUCUCUCCUGUCUCUCCUGUCCACUCUCCUGUCACUCUCCUGUCCACUCUCCUGUCACUCUCCUGUCCACUCUCCUAUCCACUCUCCUAUCCACUCUCCUGUCCACUCUCCUGUCACUCUCCUGUCUCUCUCCUGUCCCUCUCCUAUCCACUCUCCUAUCCACUCUCCUGUCACUCUCCUGUCCACUCUCAUGUCCACUCUCCUAUCCACUCUCCUGUCCACUCUCCUAUCCACUCUCCUGUCUCUCUCCUGUCCACUCUCCUAUCCACUCUCCUGUCCACUCUCCUGUCUCUCUCCUGUCCCUCUCCUGUUCACUCUCCUAUCCACUCUCCUGUCUCUCUCCUGUCCACUCUCCUGUCCACUCUCCUAUCCACUCUCCUGUCCACUCUCCUAUCCACUCUCCUGUCCACUCUCCUAUCCACUCUCCUGUCCACUCUCCUAUCCACUCUCCUAUCCACUCUCCUAUCCACUCUCCUGUCCACUCUCCUAUCCACUCUCCUGUCUCUCUCCUGUCUUUCUCCUGUCCACUCUCCUAUCCACUCUCCUGUCCACUCUCCUAUCCACUCUCCUGUCUCUCUCCUGUCUUUCUCCUGUCCACUCUCCUAUCCACUCUCCUGUCCACUCUCCUGUCUCUCCUGUCCCUCUCCUAUCUACUCUCCUAUCCACUCUCCUGUCACUCUCCUGUCCACUCUCCUGUCCACUCUCCUAUCCACUCUCCUGUCCACUCUCCUAUCCACUCUCCUGUCCACUCUCCUAUCCAUUCUCCUGUCUCGCUCCUGUCCACUCUCCUGUCACUCUCCUGUUCACUCUCCUAUCCACUCUCCUGUCUCUCUCCUGUCCACUCUCCUGUCUCUCUCCCGUCCCUCUCCCGUCCCUCUCCUAUCCACUCUCCUGUCUUUCUCCUGUCCACUCUCCUAUCCACUCUCCUAUCCACUCUCCUGUCCACUCUCCUAUCCACUCUCCUGUCUGUCUCCUGUCUUUCUCCUGUCCACUCUCCUAUCCACUCUCCUGUCCACUCUCCUGUCUCUCCUGUCCCUCUCCUAUCCACUCUCCUAUCCACUCUCCUGUCACUCUCCUGUCCACUCUCCUGUCCACUCUCCUAUCCACUCUCCUGUCCACUCUUCUAUCCACUCUCCUGUCCACUCUCCUAUCCAUUCUCCUGUCUCUCUCCUGUCCACUCUCCUGUCACUCUCCUGUUCACUCUCCUAUCCACUCUCCUGUCUCUCUCCUGUCCACUCUCCUGUCUCUCUCCCGUCCCUCUCCCGUCCCUCUCCUAUCCACUCUCCUGUCUCUCUCCCGUCCCUCUCCUAUCCACUCUCCUGUCCUUCUCCUGUCUCUCUCCUGUCUCUCUCCCGUCCCUCUCCUGUCCACUCUCCUGUCCUUCUCCUGUCUCUCUCCUGUCACUCUCCUGUCUCCCCUCCUAUCCACUCUCCUGUCUCUCUCCCGUCCCUCUCCCGUCCCUCUCCUAUCCACUCUUCUGUCCCUCUCCUGUCCCUCUCCUGUCUCUCUCCCGUCCCUCUCCCGUCCCUCUCCUGUCCACUCUCCUGUCCUCCUGUCUCUCUCCUGUCACUCUCCUGUCUCCCCUCCUGUCCACUCUCCUGUCUCUCUCCCGUCCCUCUCCCGUCCCUCUCCUAUCCACUCUUCUGUCCCUCUCCUGUCCCUCUCCUGUCUCUCUCCCAUCCCUCUCCCGUCCCUCUCCUGUCCCUCUCCUGUCUCUCUCCUGUCACUCUCCUGUCACUCUCCUGUCUCCCCUCCUAUCCACUCUCCUGUCCAUCUCCUUCCCAGGUACAGAGGACUACCGUAGCAGACUGAGUGGAGAGUGUUUCCAGGACCUGGUGUGUCCAGAGAAGUGUCGCUGUGAGGGCACCGUGGUGGACUGCUCCAACCUCAAACUGACCAAACUGCCUCCACACCUCCCCGAGCACACCACAGACCUGCGCCUGAAUGACAAUGAAAUGUCCAUCCUGGAGGCUGUGGGGACCUUUAAGAAGCUCCCCAACCUGAGGAAGAUUAACCUUAGCAACAACAAGCUGCGGGACAUACACGAGGGGGCCUUCGACGGAGCUGUGGGGGUCUUGGAGUUGCUUCUGACGGGCAACAAGCUGCAGGCGCUGCAGGGACGAAUGUUCCGAGGGCUGACCGGACUCAAGACACUGAUGCUGAGGAGUAACCAGCUAGGCUGUGUGGACAACACCACCUUCACAGGCCUGAGCUCCGUACGCCUGCUGUCUCUCUAUGACAACCGAAUCUCCACCAUCACCCCGGGAGCCUUCACCACACUGCACUCCCUCUCCACCAUUAACCUACUGUCCAACCCCUAUGUAUGUGACUGUCACCUGGCCUGGCUGGGUUUGUGGCUGAAGAAGACCAGGGUUGUGAGUGGGAACCCUCGUUGUCAAAAACCUGCCUUCCUCAAGGAGAUCCCCAUCCAGGACGUGGCUAAACCCGAUUUCACCUGCGACGGCACUGAGGAGAAUGUAUGUUUUCCAGUGUCAAGCUGCCCAGAGUCAUGCACAUGCUCAGACACAAUUGUGCGCUGCAGUAACCAGGGGCUACGCAUUCUGCCCAAGGGCAUACCCAAGGACACCACCGAGCUAUACCUGGAAGGAAACCUCCUGACAUCUGUUCCCAAAGAGCUGUCCAGUCUGAAGCAGCUGUCUCUUGUCGACCUGAGCAACAACAGCAUCAACACUGUGGUCUCCAUGACCUUCAGCAACAUGACUCAGCUCGCCACUCUGAUCCUGAGUUACAACCAGAUUCGAUGCAUCUCGCUAAAUGCAUUCUAUGGGCUUAAAUCUCUGCGUCUCUUGACUCUCCACGGAAACGACCUUUCAACUAUACCAGAGGGAACCUUCAACCACUUAACAUCUCUGUCUCAUCUGGCUCUGGGUGCCAACCCCCUGUAUUGUAACUGUGACCUGCGCUGGCUGUCUCAGUGGGUGAAGGCUGGCUUCAAGGAGCCUGGCAUCGCCCGCUGUUCCGGACCACCUGACAUGGCCGACCGCCUGCUGCUCACCACACCGCUCAACCGCUUCCAGUGCAAAGGCCCAGUUGAUCUGAAUCUGAUGUUGAAGUGUGCACCCUGUCUGGCUGGCCCCUGUUUGAACAAUGGCACAUGUGCCAGCGAUGUGGCUGGCUCCUACCAUUGCACCUGUCCCUUUGGCUACAAAGGACAGAACUGUGAGAUAUCCAUCAACGCCUGCAUCAGUUUCCCCUGUGCCAAUGGAGGGACCUGCCACGUGAUCCCAGGCCAAGAGGACCAGUUCAGCUGUACGUGUCCUCCUGGGUACGAGGGUCUGCAGUGUGAGGUGAAUCCUGACGAUUGUGAGGACAAUGACUGUGAGAACAACUCUACCUGUGUGGACAGCAUAAACAACUAUACCUGCUUCUGCCCCCCAAACUUCAUAGGGGAUCUAUGUGAGGAGGGAGUGGACCCCUGUAUGCUAGGCUUUGACCCCUGCCAGCAUGACUCCAAGUGCCUCCCCCUCACCAAAGGCUACAGGUGUGAGUGCCUACCAGGCUAUGUAGGCGAGCACUGUGAGCAGGACUACAACGACUGUCUGGAGAACAAGUGUCAGCAUGGGGCCGAGUGUGUGGACGCUGUCAAUGGAUACACAUGUGUGUGUAAAGAGGGCUUCAGUGGUCUGUUCUGCGAGAACCCUCCCCCUAUGAUCCUGCUGCAGACCAGCCCAUGUGACCAGUCAGAGUGUCAGAACGGAGCCCAGUGUCUAGUGAUGGCUGGGGAGCCUGUGUGCCGCUGUCUGCCUGGCUUCGCCGGAAACAAGUGCCACAAGAUCGUUACCGUCCACCUGCUGGGCAAAGAUGCCUACCUGGCGCUGUCCAGCGCCAAGAUACACAACUCUGCCCACAUCUCCCUACAGGUGGCUACAGAUAAGGACAAUGGUAUCCUGCUCUACAAGGAGGACCAUGAUCCUCUAGCCCUGGAGCUGUACCAGGGACACAUACGCAUCAUCUACGACAUCGCUAACUACCCGCUGACCACUGUCUACAGUGUUGAGUCUGUGAAUGAUGGUCUAUUUCACACGGUGGAGCUCCUGAUUCAGAACCACUCUCUGAGCCUGGUGGUGGACAAGGGAUCCCCCAAGAGUCUGGGCAAGCUGCCCCGCCAGCCCUCUUUGGACCACAUUACACAGCUCUACAUAGGAGGUAUACCCUUAGCGGUGGUGGCAUCAGGCCUGCGUUCAGGUCCCGACCGCAGCCCCCAGGCCUUCAAUGGCUGCAUCCACAAUGUCAGGAUCAACGGAGAGCUCCAGGAUCUGGGGGCAGCGCCACGCAGGGGGGAAGGCAUCCUGCCAGGCUGCCACUCCUGCAGUGUGUGUGCCCAAGGCGCCUGCAGACAGAGGGGGGAGACGGGUGUGUCCUGCGAGUGCCCACCCAGCCGCAGCGGAUCCCUCUGUGAUCAGAAGACUGCCCCCAGCCCCUGUCAGAGCAGCAGGUGUAUCCAUGGGCUGUGUGUGCCUAAGGCAUCAUCUUACAGUUGUCAGUGUGCUGAGGGCUACACAGGGCAGUACUGUGACAGGAGAGAGGAGCCCCAAGCCUGUAGGAGACACCAGUGUAGACACGGAGAGUGUAGGGUCACAGGGAGUGGGGAGCCCUCCUGCCACUGCCAGCCAGGCUACACUGGCCCUGCCUGUGCCACCGAUGUGACGUGCCAGGGAGAGGCGGUGCAUGAGCUGCUGAAGCGCCAGCAGCCCAUGAACACGUGCACCUCCACCAGUAAGAUCCCCCGGGUGGAGUGUCCCCGUGCCUGUGACGGGGGCCUCUGCUGCGCCCCAUCUAAGAGCCGGAGGCGGAAAGUGUUCUUCAAGUGCACCGACGGGAGCUCGUUCUCCGAGGAGAUUGAAAUCACCCUGGAGUGUGGCUGUGCCAAGUGCCCAUUGUAAUAUCCAGCUAUCACCAUGGAAAUAGCCACAAACUAAAUAAAGGACCUGCUGCCAGAGACCAAAAAUAAAAUAUAUUGUAAAAUAAAACAUAGAACUUAUUUUUAUUAAUGGAUUUUUUUUUAAAGAAGAGACUUGAUCAUUUAAAAUAUAAUGUUUUAUAUUAUUGUGUCAUAUGAAGUUAUUUUGUACCUUAAAAAAAACAAAAACAGAUUAACAUUCCUGAAAGUAUAUGAAUUUAUAUGUAUAAAUCUAUAUAAAUGUAUAACCCGAGCCCAUGGUUUUUAUUUGCCCAGUGUAUUAUUGCAUGUGAUUGUACGUGUUGAUAGGAUAGGGGAGUCUUUGGACACUUUAAAUGUGGAGCGAGAAGCUGAGGAAGCAAUACAAAAAGGCUGCGAAGAGAAGGAGAAGAUGGUGCUGCAUCUCCCCAGACAUAAAAAAGAGGAAGGCAGUCUUUUUCCUGACCUUCAGCUCUGGAGGAGGCAAACAAGGAACUGUCCCACUUUGCUUCCCAGCUUUAUAACGGACCUUCCCCACCACCAAGCUAGCUGAGCUCACGCUAAAGGACAUGAACUCUUAUCCACAGAGCUUACAAACAGUGAUUUAUACUUUGUGCCAUAGGAAAACCUUUUACAUUGUUACUGAUUUGUAUUUGUUUGGUGUGCCACAUCAGAGAUUCUAGAGUACCAACAGGCCAAGAUGGCUUCUACAGUUUCCUGUCAGCCAGUGAAGUUCUCCUGAAAUUCUGUACUGUGUGUUUCUCUGUGUUUCUUACAUGGUUGCAUGACAGACACAAAGAGUCUGAGGCAGAAUGUGAACUUUGUUUAUGAUACGGCGACGGAAGACCCUGCCAAUAUACGAUGGUUCCACCAUAGAAAUAGGAUCCUAGAAUCCUGUAUAUUUUAAUAAUAGAAGGUAUUCUAUUUUUAUGACAAACUCAUGAUGUUUGUCCUGGUGUCCAGGUAUCAUCAGCAAGGUAAGGUGUUGCUGAUGUGUCUAUGUGGUCACUGCUCCGUUGGAAAAGGACUUUAUAACACCUGGCCUGGGAAAUCUUUGUUGGACUUGAAUCAUAACCGUCUGUUACUAAUAACAUUAUUAAUUAAGCCCAUUAGUACCGGAUUGAAGUCAUCACAGGACGUGAGGUCUCAUCACAGUCGUCCCCCUGUCAGUCAGAAUAUAUCCAGUAACACUUUGUUCAUUUUGAUUUGAUUAUAGUACAACAUCAGGACACUGCUUUAAUGUACCGUACAUUUCAAAUAAAGUGUUACCAAAUAUACCUCAAUUGAGAGUUUGUCAGUGAUCAAGUUCAGUACUCCCAUUACCCCCAGUCCCUCACCCUAACAACUCCAAUACCACCAUGCCUCAAAUACAUGACAUUGAAUGCUUCCGUAUGUAUGGAACGUGUAGGCUCUACAAUGUAAAUGAUCUGUCGUGAGAUGCCUUGUAUUUUAUAAUAAUAACGAGUAUUAUGUUGGCCAUAAUAUAAGUUGCAUUCUCCAGAUAUAGAAUUUAUUUCUGGUAAAACAUGAACUUGUGAAUGAUGAAUAAUUAUGUUCAAUGUUGAAAUUAAAUCUACCGUGAAACGAG